UCAAUCCAAUACAGAGUGCAGUUUAUGACCUCUGUUGUUUUCUUUAAAAUAUAAAAGUUUAUAAAAAGUAGAAAACAAAUCUUCAAUUAUUCAGCUGAAUAGUUUGCGGAACCUGAGCCCGAUCCUGUGAAAUAUAUUUUUUCCCUUUUUGGAUUUUUUCUUUUCAUGGGUUUUCCUUUUUUUGGGCAAUUCCCCGAAGAAGCAUCUCAGUCGUACAAUAUUUCAUCUUUGGAUCAAGGAUGCCGUGAGGCUGUCGGCCGUACAAGAGCUCAAAGGGGGAGAACCGUGUUGAGCUCUGCGGCACCUCUCUCACUGCAAAAAGGAGGGUAAUCGGUACUGGUGAGCAUUGUCGCUGGGAACCAUGGACACUUGUAGCAUUGGGGCACACUGUGGCCAAGAAGAAGACUGCCAUAAAACAACAUACACAAAGAAUACUGGAAUCCUAAAACUUUUGGAACUUCCACUUGAAAAACGCCAGUUACUACUCAGAAGAAGCAACUUCAAGAAUCAAGACUCUACUACAACUGUGUGUUAUCAUCAUGAGAAACUUUUUCUUGGAAAGUACUCCUUCCUGCAAAAGGCCUGUUGUGAUCCUUUCCGUCUUCAUGCAGAUUCCUCUAGGAAAAAGUCCCUGCGGGCCAUUAAUCUUCAAACAGCAGACCAAAUCAGCAGCAUCACUGGAAGCAAUGUCCAUCCAGGACAGAAGCUCUGUCCAAUGUGUAGAAUGCACAGCCAAGCUCACUCUGAACCAUCAGAGGAGUCUGAUGAAGACAACAUGGAUUAUCUUAUCCUAGUUGCAGGGCCUUCUAGAGAAGAUGCCACGGCCAUCAGUAGUCUUGCAGAACAAGCAGUAGGCAAUAUGAGUACCAGCUUAACAGAGGCAGGAUUCUCUCCUGUGAAAGUGAUAAAGGCGAGUCGGAGAGACGAGGUAGGUGACGGAAAGAGAAAAGCAGCAGAAGCCAAAGAAGCUGCAGUUUCACAUUUAUCAACAGGUUUACAAAUCCCACCAGCCAUUUUUGAUAAUUCAGGCAUGGACAGGCAAGGUCUGAUAGAUGCCCUUAAGAACAAGAUGAUCCAAACAGAUUCCAAGCAGAAUCUGUUUACAUGGUGAAGAAGGCAAGAUCUCUCAGAAAGAUCCAGUGCUAACCAAGAAUGGGAAGGACCUCCCGCAUGUGUCAGACAGCACGUCCCCUGCUUUUAGGCUCUCCCUGUCAGCAGGGAGAGCCAUUGAUCAAGAGGGCCACUGCAGUUUUGCAGGUGCUGUGGUCUACAGAAGGCGAGGCAUGGCAGUCAAUCUUUGAUGACGAACCUGCCCCCCCCCCCCCCCAGUGCAUUUUCUCUUUGAGAUCCAGUCACCCUGGGAUCACCCGGGUACAGCUCCGGCUGUUUCCCGGUCUAUGGACACCCUAUAUAUAGGGUGCAUGAUGAAGAGAAGCUGGGCAUGGCCCAGUUUCCGCCAGCGGAGGCUUCUGUUGCUGCAUUGUUACAGGUGCCUAAUUCAGCACUCCUGUCCCAGGAUGCUAUCUGCCCCAACAACAGUGUCGGGUCUCGGAGGUGAUCCUUAAGCGUGCCUAUUCAGACAGUCAGACAGUGCAUUCGACGCACUGCUGAGCAACUUUAGCAGCAUUUUGGUAGCUGACCAGUCACAUUUGCUGCGGUCCCUCUCCGACAACCACUGAGAAUCACUACUACAGCUGGAUGCACUGCGUCUGUUUAAUAAAAACCUGCUCUGUCUGUCUAAACUGAAUGGGCAGACGGUGGGUAGAAACCUGGCUGUGUUGGCAGCCGUACGUAGGCAACUUUGACUUUCCCAGGCUUUCGUGCCUGAUGGGGACAAAGCGAAGCUGUCGGUUGCCCCUGUUACACCAGGGUAUACCUUUGGUCCUGCGGUGGAUGAGUUGCUGCAACGCUCUCACCACAAGCACCUGCUGCCAGAGGUGGUAUUCAGAACCAGCUUGCAGCUGUUCACCACGGAGGCUAUAUUAAGUUCUGCCUCAGGCCAAACUACAAGGUGAGCAGCAAACCCUAAGGGUAUACUGCCCUCUGGUGGAUGAUGGAGAUGGUUCAGUCUGGAAUUAAAUACAUUGGUAUUUUUCAAGAUUUAACCACUUCAACACCAUGACGUAUGCACAUACGUCGAAUGAAAACUUACAGUACCAUGCCAUAUCUGCGUAUGUCAAGUUUCCCAUUCUAUUCUAUGAUCAGUUUCUCAGUCUAGUGUUAAAGUUUAAUUCUCUAAUGCAGUGCUAGUAUUAAUUCUCUAAGGCAGUGCUAGUACUGUGGAAUGUGCAAUGAAAGUCGGAGGAGGGUCAGGUGACAUUUGUAUCCAAUUGCGUGUCAUGUAGCGAUUCCAAUCUAGCUGUGGGCAUUUAGAAGACUGAGAUAUACUGCGGGAAACCAUUCAACUUUUACAAGUUUUAUUAUUAGUUUAACUUGUUUAGUUGUAGUUUAUAUAGUUUUUAGCGAAAGCUAAACAUGGCAACGUACGUGGUCUUUCUAUAAUGAGCAACGGGAGUGAAGUUGGUUCGGAGGAUUUCGAUACCAGCGACAGUGAUGCUGACUUAUCACUCAGCGAUGAUGAUGAAGAGGAUGUGGAGCCAAGAACAGUACAAACUGUACAAACAGAAGAGCAUGCAGCUACUUUACAGGUAAGCCAGCUGCAAACGGGAAGCUGUUUGGUUUGAAAUGGCAGUGCUGUGACGAAAUACUAUCAAAACACAGCACUGGAUACAGGGAAUAAGGCAGCCAGAUCCAUCACAAUGCCUGUGCAAAGUAGCUGCGUACACGCAUUUAUGACUAUCCCUCCAACACGAGGGAAGCAGAGACCGUAAAAAAAGGUACAGGGUCUGCUACGAAAAUGAAAACAAAAGAAAAGACAAAAGAAAAAUGUGCAGUAGUUGCGAAGGCAACCCCGGGUUCUGUUGUAUUGAACAUUUCAAUAAAUGGCACAGAGCAAGUUGAUAGUGACACAUGUUUUGAUUUAGUUUGAUUUUUAUUUGAUAAUUACUGUUUACUGAUUAUUAUUAGCAGCAUUUUUGUUUUCAUUGUUCAAAACAAAACAAAACAAAAAGUGUUUUCAUCUCUAUAUUGAAUAUGGAUAUGUAGUACACAGGAGCAUAAAGGGUUAAUGAAAAACACAGUUUAGGUUAUUUAUUUGUAUUUUAUUCAUCAUAUGUUAACAUUAUAUAGCAAUUAGAGGUUUGACAUCAUCAUUAUUAUUAUUAUUUUCAAAAUCUGGUACCUGGGAAGGGGUUUCAUUUUUACAUCUGGAGUUGUGGUUAAGUUAACACGAGAACCUCCGGGUUUAUGCUACUACCUAGAACCGCCAGCAGUAGUCAUUUUGACGGGUACAUUUUAAACAGCUUUGAUAUGAAAAUGAAACACAAACUAUCAGAUACAACUUAAAAGUUUUAUUUAUGAACAUCAUAUCUAACAUUUGCAUAGCAGAAACACUCUAUUUAAAUGAAAAAAUAAACAUAAAAGGCUUUAUUUUUUAAAUGAGCGCAUAUAAUGCAUGACGUAAAAAAAUUAAAAACUAUAAUAAAAUAAACAUUUCAAAAGAAAAUAUUGUGUAAACUGUAAACUUGUUAUAUGUAGGCCUACAUACACAACUGUAAAAUCGAAAUAAUUAUUUAUAAAAAAAAAUAACAUAAAAAAGAAAAUAACUCAGUUCCCGUUGUGUAACGGGAAUGCGCAUUCAGGGAAACAUACUUCAAAAUAGUAUUCGCACAAUCCACACAGAUGUAACGCUUAUCAACGUGUGUGCAUUUACCACAUACUGCUCUUUCACACUGGGCACAGAUAUUUAGUUACCUGGCAUUGUUUUCUGUUGCGCACUGUAUCCAGGUUGAGCUGCGUUUCCCUGCCACUUUGCAGUUUUCUGAUCGAAAUGUUUCUGCCAAAGCUCCGUGGCUAGCAUCAUAAGAGAUCUCUCCUACUGAUAUUUUCAUUAAAAGCCUUACUGUAUCAUUCAGAAGAUGAGGUAAUAUUUAAUAAUUAAUUAAAAUGAUAAAUAUUGGACGUUUAUGAUUUAAUUUGGUACUGCAUUGUGUGAAAUCACAUCAGAAGAAUAGAACUUCACGGACCAAAAAAACUGCUGCUGGAGACAACAAGGACAGGACUUCUUGAAUAAAAAAUCUUAAUUCAAACGACGAAUAAACAAUGUAAGCUCUAAAACGUUAUCACAUGAUAAAUCACCUCUUAAUGAAGAAAAAGCCGUUUCAGUGAAACUGUUUCCUGGAAAUCAGAUUAAGAUAAAUGUUUUUAACAUUGCUUACUAAAGAAAACUUUGUUGUUACAAAAUCUAAAAGUCUGCUAAAAUACACAAAGAAGUAAACAAAAGAAUACUGAAGUUACUUAAAACCAAACUACUUUAGAAAUCUGCUCGAGCCGGCGCUGAAUUGCGGGAACAAACAACAUUGUAACACAAUGUGGAGGAAAAGGAAACCGUUUUGUGUGUGGCUUCGUUGCAUUGUGGGUCACUGAGUCCUGAAGAAGAAGCCACAUUGAUUUUUUUUCAAAUACGUUGACUAACUAGUGUGGAGAAUACUAAAUCUCAGAUCUCAAGUUUUAAAACCAAGCGCUUUUAACCAAGCUCAGAAAGCCAUAUAAUUCUUCAUUUCAAGACUGUUCCCGCUUUCUUCACAUUUAAGUACUGGUAACUAAACAACUUAUGAAUUUCCACGGUGCAUAAAUAGAUUGUAUGAUUAAUUCUGUUUAAAUUGUGUAUGAUGUAAUUAUUAACCUAUUUUGAAUUAUGUCAUGAUAAAAUAUAUGAAUACAUUACUAAAUGUUAAAAUAUAUUCAGAAUCCUAAUUGCAACUCAAUAUAUAGUUAUUUUUUCUUAGACAUACUUUAUUAUACAUUGAAAACAAAUUAUCACAAUCUAAUAGAAUCUUUUUCUUAUUUUUGUAACUUUUAAAAUAAAAGUAUUUUAACUUUCAACAAAAUUUAUCCGUUUUGUUUUUGCAUGUCAAAUAAGCACUGACAUACGAUAACAUUGAAUUGAACCAAAGCUGAAUACUGUCUAAAACAUAGUCAUAUGUCACGUGAAUCAUAUUUUAUAGCCAGAAUUAUAUGAUUGCUGUAGAAUACAUGUUCAUAUGUUCAGUGUAACCUUUGAUUCCACUUAAAUAUGAAUGUAGUUUUAAUGGUGAUAUCGAAGAAUAUUAUGAAAAAAAACAUACAUAAUUUAUAUAAAAAUAUUGGCUUGACAUAAAUACAGGCGUGUCUAUAGAUGGUAUUCAAAUGAUGUGUACUUGUCUUAAGAUAGUGUAAUGAUUUAUGCUGACAAUUACUUUAUCAUACAUUUUACUGCACACUAUCUGAGCCGGAGGUUCAACAGCAGCUGCAUUCAAACAGGCCAGGCGACUGGUUCACCACGAUGGACCGCAAAGAUGCCUAUUUCCACAUCCCCAUGAAACCAGCACACAUGAGGUACCUGCAGUUCACCUUUCAGGGAACAGCGUACGAGUUCCGGGUCUUGCUGUUUGGCCACUCUCUAGUUCCCUGUGCAUUUUCGAAGUGCAUGGAAGCUACCCUGGCCCCAUUGAGACUCAAAGACAUCAGAGUUCUGAAUUAUUUGGACGACUAGCUCUUGUGCCCAGUCUCCAGCUCAGGAAGACGCUCACACAGUCACCUUACAUCAGUUGGGUCUUACGGUGAAUCAUGCGAAGAGCCAGCUCAUGCCUUCUCAGACAGCAUGCUAUCUGGGAGUGUGCUUGGACUCCAGGUCCAUGCUGUCCACUCUGUUGAAUGGAAGAGUGCAGAAAAUAGCCACCUGUUUAGAGCUUUUUCAGCUCAACAAAGCAUUCACUGUAGUGACAUUCCAAAAAAUUCUGGGCUUGAUGGCAUCAGCUUCACAGACCCUAACUUUGGGUCUCUUGCACAUGCGCACUCUGCUGGCAUGGUUCAACAGCACCAACCAUUGGCAGUGUCUCAUCACUCUCUAAAGGCACUCUCUUGGUGUACUCAGCCUGCCCAUCUACACCUCGGCGUAAUAUUGGGCAGUGUCACCAGAAGGGAGGUCAUCUCCAUGGACGCAUCCAGCCUGGGCUGCGGCACUGUGUGGAAUGGCAGGGGGGUCCAGGGGGUGUGGAACCCUCCUUGGCGGGGUCUCCACAUCAAUAUUUGGCAGUUUACUUGCAGAAAUAUUUGUAGGAGGUUUGAGGAAGACAUGUGCUUGUCCGUACAGACACACAACAGUGGUGGCAUACAUCAACCACCAGGACGGCCUCAGAUCUCCCAGCUUUUGCUCUGGGUGCUCCGCUGUGUCUGGAGAAAAUCAGCCAGGACCGGGCCAAGGAACUUUUAGUAGCCCUUUAUUGGCCCAGGAGACUGGUGUUCAGCUGAUACAUCUCCUGAGAGGCCAGCUGUGGACACUGCCCAAGCGCCGCAACCUGCUCAGGCAGACGUAGGGGAGUUUAUGGCAUCCCAAUUCAUCAAGCCUGCAGCUCUGGCUCUGGUCCCUGAACGUCUGCCUUUGAGCCGUCUGGGUCUUUCCAAUAGGAUUAUUGACACCCUGCAAAAUGCCAGAGCAGCGUCCACGCGUUCCUAGUACUGGUAGAAGUGGGACGUCUUUCAGACGUGGUGCCUGCCUCGGGGGUUCGGCCCCAUGGCCUGUCCCAUGGCAAUUAUACUGCAAUUUGUGCAGUACCUGUUUGACGAGGGGAAAUCCCUAUUUCAGUUUGCCAUGUCAAAAUGGACAGACUCCCCAGCUUUGGCUGCCUAUGAAGGAUAUUGUUCCUCGCUGGAGGCUUAACGUGGUGCUUGAAGCACUUAUGAAGCCUCCAUUUGAGCCCUUGCAUUCAGCUAUGCUGAAAUAUGUAUUGCUAAAGCAGCUUUCUUGCUUGCAAUCACUUCUGCAAAGCAGGUGAGUGAGAUGCAGGCAAUCUCAAUUGCAAAAGCCUGAUUAAUUUUUGCAGAAGCAACCAAACCUGCUUUUUUUGCCCAAAAUUAUCUCAGCAUUUCAUGUCAACCGGUCUGUGGAAUUGGAGGCUUUCCAUCCACCUCCUUUCCAGUCAGACAGAGAGCAGCAGCUCCAUACAGUACGUUCUGUCUUGUGUGGGCACUAGUGUAUUAUAUUGAUAGGACGAAAAAUUGGAGGUAGUCCGAACAGUUUGUCUGCUAUAGGGCUAAUUCCCAAGGUCAAGCCCUGUCUAAACAGAGGCUGUCCAAAUAGCCAACUUGCCCCCUCCAAAGAAGCUCACUGCCCAUUCCACCAGGGGCAUGGCAACUUUGUGGGCUUUAUUCCAGGGUACAUCUGCCAAGGACAUUUGCAAUGCAGCGGUGUGGGUUACUCCCCAUACCUUUACUAGGUUCUACAGACUGAAUGUCGUGAAUCCUCAAAACCCUGGCUAUGGAACUAGUGUUAAGGGCUGCUUCCGAGUCAACCUUACAACACAGACAGAGAGGUGAGUUCUCCCUCAAUUUUUGUACUUCAAAGGGAACCAUUAACAUUCAAGGUUGCUGCAUCCAUGAUUGAAGCAGGCUUGAAGGAAAAAUGACGCUGAGUUGUGUGUGUGUGCAGUCCUUUUAUACUCUCGGGGGCGGGCAUGACUGCGUCACAGAGGCUCGGCUGAGCAGCUGUGAUAUAUUUAAUCAGGUUUAGGUCUUUAGGUAAAUACCCAUUUGGUAAUGAUUUCAUUUCUGUUUCAAGGAACCAGGGUUAUGACAAAAACCUAACUUUUUCCUCAAUGUGCACACUACAUGUUGUUUGCAAGGAAUACAAGCCUGUCGACCUGCUCUGCAUCCAAGGCGUCAGGCUUUGUGUUCACAUUGAAUACUUACAAAGCACUUUCAAAAUGGAUUUGCUGUUUGUCCGGAUGGGACCAGCAAGUCAGAUGAUAGUUAACACUUGAGCAGGAAAAAAGAACACGCCCACUUCUUGCCUUUGGCAGAAAUACGAGUUUGGUGCGAUUUCAUUGAUAAACUAAAUAAUGAACUAUGAGCGUUACAAAAAAAUAAUUGUUCAACUGAUUAUCCAGUAUUUAUCUCAAUGUAUGUAAUGACGAAUCAAUUUUCGAUUUAAUUGUACCAGCCCUAAUUAUACACACACAGCAGUCCGUCACAUAUCCAACUGUGGUAGGACCAGAGUAAGGGUGGAUAUGUAAAAAGUCAGAUGAAUGAAUCCUGUUUUAAAUGCCAUUAUACACAGCUGUAACAAUUAAUAUGUUCAUACAAUUAUUGAUUUGAGAUUCAGCUUUUAUUGGGAGCUCCCCUAAAUCCCUUGUUUAGAAAGAUACAGGGUAUUAAAGCUUGUGACAGAGUAGCCAUCUGCCGUGUGGGUGAGUGCAUUCGCUGCUGAGUGACAGGCAGGUGAUCGAGAUGGAGGUUGAAGUUGAUACGCCCCCCGCAGGUGAACUGGAUUUGUUUACAUAUCAACACACAGCUCAUGUGACACUACCAUCAAUGGCAGCGCAUGGAGCACAUACAACCCAGUGUACGAAAACUUAGGUAGGAUCUACAAUAUCUAAACUAAUCUUCUCUGUUCAAUAAUAAACUAACAUUGCUGAAGAGGCUGAUCAUGAUGGAUAAACGGUUAGGGCGGAUAUGUGACCUGUGGAUAUGUGACGGAUUACUGUAUAUAUAUAUAUAUAUAUAUAUAUAUAUAUAUAUAUAUAUAUAUAUAUAUAUUAUUUAUUUCUUAGCAGACGCCCUUAUCCAGGGCGACUUACAAUUGUUACAAGAUAUCACAUUAUACAUUAUUUCACAUUAUACAGAUAUGACAUUAUUUUACAUACAAUUCCCCAUUUAUACAGUUGGGUUUUUACUGGAGCAAUCUAGGUAAAGUACCUUGCUCAAGGGUACAACAGCAGUGUCCCCCACUGGGGAUUGAACCCACAACCCUCGGGUCAAGAGUCCAGAGCCCUAACCACUACUCCACACUGCUGCCCUAAAUAUAUAUAUAUAUUGUAGAAAGAGCGGCGUCGCCUUUAAGAAAUGGCGACGCCAUUUGAAAAACUAUACAACCCAGGAACCUAAGCUUUAAUAAGGAAGGCGGGGUUUCUGGGUAUAAAGGGAAGUGGAGCGGUACAGCAGGGGGUGAUCGUAGGGAGCACCGCCGGUGUGUACUGCUGAACAGGGCUCAGAGAAUUGAAAGUGCAUUAAAGUGAACGUUUGGUUUCGUUUUGAGUAAAGCUGUAUUUUGUUUUACUGUGGGCGUUUAUCCUCUUUGUGAGGUAGUCUUUUGUUUUGUUAAAGUUUAAUUUAUUUUUAUGAAAUACCGGACAAGAGACGCUGGCUACCGGUGACGAAUUUAAAACAAUUCCGCAGUUUCCGUGACGGUUGGGACCGUCACAACUGCCGUUUGUAUAUGGGUGUAUGUUUGUCUCGGGACUCAGAGGGAAGCGCGCAUGAAGACGCAGCACAAUUAGCGAACUGUAAUAAUAAGAACGGAGGCAACGGUCUGGAGUUUUGGGACGUGGCUUUUAUUGUACAGACAGGAACUGCAGUUUCCACAGGCGGUGUAAACAAACAAGGAUAUUGUGUUUGAACUCUGGGAUACCCCCGUGUUCCUGUGAAGCACUGGGACAUUGGUUGCAGGGGUUCACCCCCACAACCAGGAUACAAUUCCAUUUGCAUUCUUGUGGAUUAUUACCAGUCUUGCAGCGAUACUCCAGCUGUGGGUGUCCACGUUGUUCUUACCUAUCACCUGUGUUCAAGGAUACUCCAACAGGGGGAGGAGAAUCUCUCUGUUCUUGUCUGUGUUUCAGCCAGUUCCAGCAGAGGGAGUCUGCGUUACCCUGACCUGUUACAGAGGCAUUCCAACAGAGGGUGUCUUUGUGUUCCUACCUGCGUUACGACAAGGCUCCAGCAGAGGGAGUCUGCGUUGUCCUGACCUGUGUUACAGAGACAUUCCGGCAGAGGGCGUUCCUUCUUCUUACCUGUGUGGCCGAGAGACUCCAGCAGAGGGCACCGGGUCCAUACUUACCUGUGUAGCAGGAAUACUCCACAGGGAAAGGACUUGCAAAGGCCUCGGCCUGCUGGACUCGGUACUUCUGAAUCAGUUAGUGAGGGACGAAGAAGUGAGCUAGUUAGUGACCCGUACAGGGCUUUACUCAACGCAGAGAAAGUGAUAAUUUGUGUAAAUAUUGUAAAUAAAGAAUUACUUACCUGAACAUUCCUUGUGUCUGUGCCAGUCGGUGGAAGCAAAAGGAGAGUCACACACGGGAGUACUCUCCUGCAGCUACUAAACAGCAUCCUGUGUGAUGUCAUGGACAGUGUGAAGAUGGAAUCUAUCCCAGUUAAAGAGGAGUUCCCUGAAAUUGAACCCAUUAGAGUGGAGUUCUCUGGGCUGGUUUUCCUCCCUAUUAAACAGGUGCUCUAUGAGAUGGAAUGUGAAAGCAGUCAGCCAGAGGUCUUGGAGAUUAAAGCUGAGCACAAUGAAUUGGAGAUCCCACAGACCGAAGAACACCUUCCUGUUAAACAAGAAGAGGUGCUGGAAACUGUCCGUAUUAAACAGGAUCCUCCUGAAGUAGAGUUUGACCACAUGGAACCAGGGAAGGAAGAAUCCGAGGACUUCAAACCAAACAUCCCUGAGCUGGAGCCUGUACUCCUGCGGGAGUGUAGUGUGGUGCUGGAGAGAAUAUGCAUGAGAGAGCAAGGAGUUGGAGAGGAAGGCUCUCCCAACAGCAUGCAAGGAGAUGGAAAGGAAGACAGACGGUCAUGUUCAGAAUACAGUCUAGCAGGUUCCAGUCCAGCAGCUAAAGUGAGGCCGGGCGAUGGAGAAUAUCCUGACUGUGGGAAAGAUUUCACUCAGUUAGGGCAUUUUAAAAAACACCAGCAAAACACCAGCAAACCAUAUCACUGCUCUGACUGUGGGAAGAGUUUCAGUCAGUCACACAGCCUUGUUUCACACAAGCGAAUUCACACAGGAGAAAAACUAUAUCACUGCUCUGACUGUGGGAAGAGUUUCAAUGACUCAGGACACCUGAAAAGACACCAGAGAAUUCACACAGGAGAGAAACCGUAUCACUGCACUUACUGUGGUAAGAGUUUCAGAGACUCGGGAAACCUGAAAAAACACCAGCGAAUUCACACAGGAGAGAAACCAUAUUCCUGCUCUGAAUGUGGAAAGAGUUUCAAUCACUCGGGAAACCUGAAAAAACACCAGCGAAUUCACACAGGAGAGAAUCCGUAUUCCUGCUCUGAAUGUGGGAGAAGGUUCAGUCACUCGGGAAACCUGAAAAAACACCAGCAAAUUCACAGAGGAGAGAAACCGUAUUCCUGCUCUGAAUGUGGGAGAAGGUUCAGUCACUCGGGAAACCUGAAAAAACACCAGCGAAUUCACAGAGGAGAGAAACCUUAAAGAGCAUAUUAAUGGGACUUUUCACUCAUUCAGGAAAAGCAUUAACCUUGUAUUGAGUCCCUGUGUAACCUAAUCGGGACACUGAUAAUCGGUAUUUCUACUUAAAUGGGACAGAAUUCUGGGGGUGGUUCUUCCCAAUGCUAUUUGUUUAAUUGGGACGUCACUUUGUUAUUUGGGAUACAGUAUUUUGAAAUGACCAGAGAUU